CUUCAGCAAGAAACACCAUAAACGGCACACAACUGACAAGAUGGAAUCACAACCGACCUCGAAAGCCUUGCACUGUAUGUACCGUCGCGCGAAGCAUCACCGCAGUUAUUCGCGUCACUUCACAUGAAGAUCAAUCCGAAUGAAAGCUCAUGAUACAGUCCGCAUAAACAAUGAUAUCUCCCAAUUGCUCCAGCGAUUCGAAAAUAUUAUGGCUACGACUACAGUCGAUAGUACCAGCCACACGACGACGGCCGUUGAAACGUACCAGCUUGAUGUGGAAUCCACGGCAUUGGUCCGCGCUGCAGAAGACAUCCUCUCCCUAACCCGGUCGAUGAAAGAAACUUGGCUAUUCGGGAAGCUAGAUACUCUCGGUGAAGAUGAAUCCGAAACGAAGCGCAGAGAAGAAUUGGAGAGGGAUGCUGCGGUUAUUCAGAAGGCCAUUGAGGACGGCGGGAUAUUGAAGCCGGCGGAGCAGUAGUCGGUUUUUUUUACCGCUAAUACUCUCUGCUUCUCUCUUUCUAUUUGCAAAAAAAAUAUAGAUUGAUAUGGAGGCUUGGUUGGCGCUGGGUUGAUUUUGAUUUGGGAAGGCAUGGCGCUUUCGGUGUAUAUGGAGUAUAUGGAGUUUGGAGGGCAUUUUUAUCAUUGAGGAGAUGGCCGAUACCCUUAAAUCAAUUUAUUCGUCUAGGUUCCGUCUAAUUUAACAUGUGAUGCUCUAUACAGG